AUGGAAUGCGAUAAAAGCAGUUGGACUGGAAUUCAGGGCGAUUUCCACUUACUGCCACCGAAAGUCCAACGUUUUGUGGCCGAAAAGGCGGAAUUAAUGCGUCCACGUGGCAUUUACAUCUGCGAUGGAAGUCAACAUGAAGCUGAUGAGAUCAUCGACAAAUUGAUUGAACGUGGUAUGCUAUCUCCAUUGAAGGCAUACGAGAACAACUAUAUCUGUCGUACUGAUCCCAAGGAUGUGGCUCGUGUUGAGUCGAAGACAUGGAUGGUCACACCGGACAAGUACCAAACCGUAUGCCACACACCGGACGGUAUUGAGCCAAUCAUGGGUCAUUGGAUGUCGCCCGAUAGUCUGGCCACUGAACUGGACAGCCGAUUCCCUGGCUGUAUGGCUGGUCGUAUCAUGUACGUGAUUCCCUUCUCUAUGGGACCCGUUGGUGGACCUUUGUCAAAGAUUGGAGUGCAGUUGACUGAUUCGAACUAUGUGGUCUUGUCAAUGCGUAUUAUGACUCGUGUCGGUCACGAAGUAUGGGAUGCAUUGGGUGAUAACGACUUUGUACGAUGCAUCCAUUCAGUCGGACUGCCUAGACCAGUAAAACAGCGUGUCAUCAAUCAUUGGCCAUGCAACCCUGAACGUGUACUGAUCGCUCAUCGACCUGCAGAAAGGGAGAUCUGGUCAUUCGGAUCCGGUUAUGGAGGCAAUUCAUUGCUCGGAAAGAAAUGCUUCGCUCUGCGUAUUGCUUCCAACAUUGCCAAGGACGAAGGCUGGAUGGCUGAACACAUGCUUAUCAUGGGUGUGACGCGGCCAGAUGGGAAGGAACACUUCAUCGCAGCCGCUUUCCCAUCGGCUUGUGGUAAGACGAACUUGGCCAUGUUGGAACCGGCUCUGCCAGGAUGGAAGGUUCGAUGUGUUGGUGACGAUAUUGCCUGGAUGAAAUUCGGUGAAGAUGGCCGUCUGUACGCUAUUAACCCCGAAUAUGGAUUCUUUGGAGUAGCACCAGGAACGUCCAAGAAAACGAACCCCAUGGCCGUUGCCACCUUCCAAAAGAACUCGAUCUUCACAAAUGUUGGUGAGACGGCUAACGGCGAGUACUUCUGGGAAGGACUCGAGGAUGAAAUCAAGGAUAAGAACGUGGAUAUGAUCAACUGGCUCGGAGAGAAAUGGAGAAUCGGCGACCCAGGAGUCUGCGCUCAUCCGAACUCCCGUUUUGCCGCCCCAGCCUCUCAAUGCCCCAUCAUCCAUCCCGAUUGGGAAAGCCCGAAAGGAGUUCCAAUCGAUGCCAUUAUCUUUGGUGGUCGUCGUCCAGCUGGUGUACCAUUGGUGUUCGAAACGAGAUCGUGGUUGCACGGUAUCUUCACGGGAGCCUGCCUCAAGUCAGAAGCCACCGCUGCCGCUGAACACAAAGGCAAGACUGUCAUGCACGACCCCAUGGCAAUGCGUCCAUUCAUGGGUUACAACUUUGGCCACUACCUCCAGCACUGGAUUGAUCUGAACAAGGAUGGAAGAAAGGUACCAAAGAUCUACCAUGUGAACUGGUUCCGAAGGGAUGCCAACAACAAAUUCCUCUGGCCUGGUUACGGUCAGAAUAUCCGUGUCAUUGAUUGGAUCGUUCGCCGACUUGACGGUGAACCUGACAUUGGCGUUGACACUCCUAUCGGAAUUGUACCGAAGAAGGGCGCAAUCAAUGCCAGUGGCCUACCCGAUAUCGACUGGGAUGAGCUCAUGUCGGUCCCGAAAGAUUACUGGACGAAUGAUGCCAAGGAGAUCAGAAAGUUCUUGGAGGAACAGGUGGGACCAGAUCUUCCGAAAGAAAUCCGUGCUGAAAUGGAUGCCCAAGAGGAGCGUAUCAACAAGCAAGCGUAA